AUGUCGGAGCGGGAGGAGCGGCGUUUCGUGGAGCUGCCCCGGGAGUCGGUGCGGUUGAUGGCCGAGAGCACUGGGUUGGAGCUCAGCGACGAGGUGGCGGCCUUGCUGGCCGAGGACGUCUGCUACCGGCUGCGGGAGGCCACGCAGAACAGCUCCCAGUUCAUGAAACACACGCGGCGACGCAAACUCACUGUGGAGGACUUCAACCGGGCGCUGCGCUGGAGCAACGUUGAGGCGGUGUGCGGAUACGGCUCCCAGGACGCGCUGCCAUUCCGGGCCAUCAAGGAGGGCGAGCUCUACUUCCAGGAGGACCGAGAGGUCAACCUGGUGGAGCUGGCCCUGGCCACCAACAUCCCCAAGGGCUGCGCUGAGACGGCUGUGCGAGUGCACGUCUCCUACUUGGAUGGAAAAGGUAACCUGGAGCCGCAGGGAGCUGUGCCCAGCGCCGUCUCCACGCUGACGGACGACCUGCUGAAGUACUACCAGCAUGUCACCCGGGCGGUGCUGGGCGACGACCCCCAGCUGAUGAAGGUGGCCCUGCAGGACCUGCAGACCAACUCCAAGAUCGCCGCCCUCCUGCCCUACUUCGUCUACGUGGUCAGCGGGGUGAAAUCGGUGAGCCACGACCUGGAGCAGCUGAACCGGCUGUUGCACAUCGCCCGCAGCCUGAUCCAGAACCCCUUCCUCUGCCUGGGCUCCUACGUCCGCAGCCUGAUCGCCAGCGUCAUGUACUGCGCGCUGGAGCCCCUGGCCGCCUCCAUCAACCCCCUCAAUGACCACUGGACCCUGCGUGACUACGCCGCCAUGCUGCUUAGCCGCAUCUUCUGGACCCACGGCGACCUGGUGAGUGGCCUCUACCAUCAAAUCCUGCUCUCGCUACAGAAGGUGCUGGCCGACCCCGUGCGCCCGCUCUGCUCCCACUACGGCGCGGUGGUGGGGCUGCACGCCCUGGGCUGGAAGGCGGUGGAGCGGGUGCUUUACCCCCAUCUCCCCACCUACUGGGCCAACCUGCAGGCGGUGCUGGACGACUACUCGGUCUCCAAUGCCCAGGUCAAGGCCGACGGGCACAAGGUCUACGGCGCUAUUCUGGUGGCUGUCGAGCGCCUGUUGAAGAUGAAGGCGCAGCAGGCGCCCGCACCGGCGUCCGGGGCCGGCCCGCGGCAGGAGGGCUCCCCGCGGCACAGCCCCAAGCAGGACUCCCCGGCCGAGGCGGGCUUCGGCCUCGGCCGGCCCCUGCUGCAGUUGGGGGGCGGCGGUGGCGGCAGCGGCCCCACUUCGGCGUCAGCCCCCGUGCCACCCACCCUCUCCCUGCAUGACAUGUACCGCGAGCUCUACGACUUCUUUGGCGACAGCCUGGCCGCCCGUUUUGGCACGGGCCUGCCGCCGGCCGCCCUGCCGCCGCCUGGCACCCCCGAGGGCACCCGGAAGGAGCCACCGGCUUUCGGGGGCGAGGGGGCGGCACGCAAGAUGCCGCAGCUGACGGCCAGUGCCACAGUGAGCCCGCGGGAGGAGGAGAGCCCACGGGGUGAACCCCCGGCCGGCCGCCCGGCACUGCACCGCCCGGCCAGCCUGGCCCGGCCUCGCGGGGCCCCCCGGCAGCCCGGCCACCGCCCAGGCGCCCGCGACGUCUUCCAGAAAUGCCGCUUCGCGCCCCGCGGUGCCCCACGCUUCAGUUUCGUCAUUGCGGGUCGCCAAGCUGGCCGGCGCUGCCAGGGCCGCCUCUUUCAGACCAGCUUCCCCCAGCACCAUGGACCCGGUCAUAUCUCCCGUUACGCCCAGAAGCUGCCCAUGAUCGGCCGGACCACCCGGCCGGCCCGGCGCUGGCCGCGUGCCGAGUACUCCCUCCACCUCCUCCUCUGA